AUGCCGCGAGUUAGAAAAUCGCAACAUCCCCUCCUGGAUGGAAAUUUUGCACCUACCUCUGAGGUGCGGUCACCUGUAUCUUGCCGCUAUAAGGGUCUUAUCCCACACGAACUGCUCGGUGGGCAGUAUGUUCGAAAUGGUAGUAAUCCUGCAAUCGUACCUAGUGGGAGAAGCGGCUACCACUGGUUCGACGGGGAUGGAAUGCUUACCGGUGUUUACUUCCGACGUACAUAUGAUUCUUUGAAAGUACAGCCAGAAUUUGUGUGCAAGUACGUUUGCACCGACAUCUAUCGAGCGUCUGAAAAGCUUCCAGCGCGGCUCAUGCCGAUUCUGCCGAGCUUCACGACACUGAUAAACCAAAGUGUCAGCAUUUUCACACUGGCUUUUGAACUGCUGCGGACUUUAUUCCUGAUUGCCUGGUCCUACAUCCAGCUCUCACAAUCUCCGAUAAAGCGAAUAAGUGUAGCUAACACGAACAUCAUUUUCCACGAUGGUCGGGCCUUGGCGCUCAAUGAAACCGGACCUCCAAUGAGAAUAAAGCUGCCGGAGAUAGAAACUGUGGACUGGUUUACUGGCAGAGAGUCUGAUGGUGUCAAUGCGGGCUCUAAAUAUGGCUUUGGAGGCCCCGGGUUGCUGGGCUUCUUCAAGGAAUGGACCACUGCACAUCCUCACAUUGACCCACUGACUCAGGAGCUGGUCCUGCUUCAUUCUACUCUUAUUCCACCAACACCUAACGAGACAAAAUGGUUCGAAACAGGACCCUGCCUUAUUUUCCACGUUGCCAACAGUUGGGAUGAGCGGCAGGGCCGUGACGAAGAUUUUGUCGUUGUGAAUAUGCUUGUGUGUCGAAUGACUAGCGCUUCAAUAAUGUAUUUGACCGGGGAUGUCCCGUCUCCCACUGGGCGCAAGACACGCUCAGAAGAAGAGCAAUGUCGUCUUUACUACUACCAGUUCAAUUUAAGUGAUCAAUGCAAUAACAUCACGCAUGAGUGGGCUUUGUCUGCUAUAUGGUUUGAGCUUCCUGUCGUACCAAAGUCGAAGUCUAUGCGUAAUGCUCGUUUUGUGUACGGCUAUUCAACAGCCCAGGCGUCAUUUGGGGACCUAACGUUGCAGGCAUUGAAGGCGGACUGCCUGGUCAAAGUCAAUGCAGGGGCCUUGAUUGAAAAGGGCAAGAAGGAAAGCCCAGUUCGGGUGAUGGGUUGUGUUGACAAGAGAUCAAUAUCAGAGAUAAUAACUUCUGCGGAUCCUAACGACCCUAUAAAAGUUUUUCGGAUGCCACCGGGCUGCUACGGAGCGGAAUGCUCCUUUGUCAGCCGUGAGGGUGCUUUGGACGAAGACGAUGGCUGGCUUCUUACGUUUGUUUUCGAUGAAUCGCAGUUGCAGAAGGUGAGCAGAGAACAGUUUAGUGAAUUGUGGAUUAUCAAUGCAAAAGACAUGCAAAGCGUUGUGGCUCGGGUUCAAAUCCCCCAUAGGGUCCCAUAUGGAUUCCAUGGCAGUUGGUUUUCCGAGAGUGACCUCCGCAGCCAGAGGGCUCUCGAUAGCACGUCAAGGGGUAAGGAUUAA